AAGACAUAUACACAUAGGUAUCCCAGUAAUCGCUAGGGAAUCCGUCUGCUCUCAUCGCAUACGCAACGAUGGGAAACAGCUCAUCAAAAUCUGUUCACCAGCAGAACAUAGUAGAUAAUGAUGAUGACAACAUUUUGUCAGAGGCCUCCUUAACCAGGAGAGUCGAGGACAUACACCGCUACCGGUUUCCGAUUGAGUCCCCAGCCGACGAUGUUGUCCCUACCCCAUUCGAGUACACGGCCUUCAUAUCGCCAGAUUCUCCUCCUCUUUUACCCACACUACCUCCCGAGCUCAUUGAGAAUCUAGUGAGCCAUCUAGACAAUCGCUCAAUUAAAAAUCUUCGCUUGACGUGCAAGCACUUUAGUACCAUUAAAUUACGCAUUAGCCGAGUAUUUCUCUCUGCUAAUCCACUCAAUAUUCACGUCCUUCGCUCUAUUGCCAAUCAUGAUGUGUACCGCCAAGGCAUUAUCGAGCUCAUUUAUGACGAUGCGCGCUUAUGCUAUUCCCGUACUGAUUAUUCCGACAAUGUUGUUCCCGAAGACGUCAAUAGGCCAAUGACGGAUAUGGAAUGGUUUCAAGUGGAACGGGAUCUGAACAUCGAUGAAUUAGAACAUCGUAAAGCCGCAGACGAACCAAACCGCCCAAAAGAUCUUAGAAUAUAUCGUCUAGUAAAUGCCGAAUUAUCGCUAGGAGAAUCAUGGACUUACUAUCAAGAUUUACUACGUCAGCAAGAUGACGUGAUUGCUCAUGGAGCUGAUGCUGAAGCUUUUCGAUAUGCCUUGCAACAGUUUCCCGCGCUGCAAAGAGUUACUAUUACACCUGCUGCUCAUGGCUGGCUAUUCACCCCUCUUUACGAGACUCCUAUGAUUCGGGCCUUCCCUUAUGGAUUUAAUUAUCCGAUUCCGCGCGGUUGGCUAACUGCUCGUUUUACAGACAGUAACCAAGAACCCGCGCCAUGGGAAGAUUCAAAAACGCGAUGGCGCGGUUACUGUUUACUUACAAAAAUUUUGGCUCAAGAGCAUCAUCGCGUCUCUGAACUUCGAAUUGACUCCCACUAUCUUCAAUCUGGCCUUAAUUACCGCCUCUUCGAGCAACCAUCCCAGGAGUAUUUGGAUUUUAUCUGUUGCCUCCAGCACCCUGACUUAAAAAGGUUACAUCUGUCACUCUAUGUGGACUUCCAUUGGACACCCUUUCGCCGUAAUCUCCUGCGGAACGCCUUGGCAGAAAAUUUACAGCUAGAGUAUUUUAGUCUGGAAACAGGCAUGGAUAUAUCUAGCUAUGAACCCGACUACAACCCCAACCAAGAAUGGCCACCAGCACUGCAAACAUUUCUUCCUGUUGGCUGUUGGAUAAAUCUACAGUAUUUUCGUCUAUGGAAUUUUCCUGUGGAUUCCACUGAUUUAAUAUCAACGCUCUCACAGCUUCCUGCACUGCAGUCGCUUGAGCUGGGAUUUUUAUCCAUACGCUCCGGCACCCAGCGCCAGUUACUCGAGAAUAUGCGUGACUCUCUGCGUUGGCACGAGCGACUUGUGCAGCCCAAAAUCAAAUUUGCUGUACCUAUCCCCAAUGCUUUUAUUCAAGGGCGCGCGAUUUGGAUUGACGAGGAAGUCGAGAAAUUUUUAUAUCAUGGUGGUGAGAACCCUUUUGAGGAUAAACACGUCGAUCAAGUAUGCUAUGAUAUGGGAGUUAUAAAAGAUGCAUAUGAUCCAGGGUAUGAGAGGCCUUAUAUACAUCCUAGGAAGCAUUUAGAGCUUUUACAAAGCAAUGGGUAUAAUUGAAUGCUGAUAAUAUUGAUUAAAUCAUGUGGAC